CUUCUCCUAGUUAUUGAGAAGAAGGACAGAAGAACGAAAGCAACGAAGGACUCUAGGGUUUCAGUUUCAGGUGCUCAGAUCAAUUGUAAUUCUACUAUACAACUAUAAAAUCAAUCAAUUAAUCUGCGCAGGACGAUUUCGAUUGGCGUAAUUUAUGGGGCUUUUGAGGGAGUUUUUGAAUCCAAGUGGUUGGAAACGUUUCUGUAGAGAUUGAAGAGUAGGCAUAAAAGGAAUGCAUGGACAUAGCCCUGGAUCUGCACUCUUAGUAAAUGCUGAGGUUGACUCCAUGGGAGGGGUCAUUGAUGGUGGAGUUGGUAUUGAUACUAAAUUCUCUCCACGCCGAGCAGCAAUCGAGAAGGCUCAAGCAGAGUUGAGGCAGGAGUAUGAUGUUCGUGAGGAGCGGAGAAAGGAGCUAGAAUUUCUGGAGAAAGGUGGUAAUCCCUUGGAUUUUAAACUCAGGCCUGCAACCUCAGUCAGUGUUCAAUCUACUUCUUUGACUGAUCAGCCUGCUGAGCAAUUUGUGACCAGUGAAGCGAAGGGUAGCUUUGCAUUGGCUGCCUCACCUCAUGGAGAUUCUGUUGAUAGUAGUGGCAGGCCAGGGGUUCCUCAAAGUCGGGAGCCAAAUAGUGGUGAUAAUCUCUUGCUUUUUGAUGGUGAAAAUUAUCCACUUGAGGGCAAGAGAAAUUCUAAACAUACUGGCAGAAGAAGUAACAUUGCUCCUUCGGAACAGUUCUCUCAGCUAGAUGGGAACCAUAAUGUGAAGGAUUCUGAAGACUUGGCGAUAUUGCGCCUUGGGAAAAGUCAAGCAUAUGCUCGAAGGAAUAGGUCCAGAUCAAGUCGUGACAGUGCUUGGGCUUGCUCAACUGAUAUAGUUCCACCUGUUGAUGGUAAUGGACCUUCAAGGUUACCUUCUGCUCGCCAUGGUUCAAGGGAUGCAAAGGGGUCAAUAAGCAAAGCAAAGGUCCAAAAGGACCAUACUGUGCCUUCCAUUUCUAACUCAAAAUCAACUGGUCCAAAUGGUAGUUUGGUUUCUAAGACCGUGGCUUCUGAUAAUCAGGUUGAUAUGGAAAUGGAUGCUGGGCAGGCUAUUAACACAGCUACAGUCCUGCCAAAAGUUCGUCUGCCGGAAGGGCCUGAAGUUACGGCUUCUAGAGACUUGCAGGAUGGCAAUGAUAAUCAGCAACUGCUAGUGGAUGAUGAUAUAGUUCCUGAUUCCACUGCUUGCGUUUCUCCUGAUUUGGGUGAACAGGGAGUUUCAGCUGUUCUUGCUUGCAACCCUUCUACAGCUGCUGCAAAGACAGAGAAUCAUCCUGUUAAUGGGUUCAACACUUCAAUUGGAGAUGAGAAAGGCAUGCAAAACCAAGAUCAAAAUGGAACUACAACCUUGAGUACAAAGGGGUUAGACUCAGAAUCCUCUAGCACUCAGAUUACCCAUGGCUUAGAUGGGAAUACUUCCAGUGAUCCUUGUCUGAAUAAAAUCCAUGCUAAUGGAAAUUCUAAAGAACAGAAAUUAAUCUUUGGAGAGAGUCUUGCCACUGCCAAUGCCAAUUUGGUCAAACAAAAUAGUGAGACCAAAGCUGUUGAUGCUUUUGGUGUUAGCAAUGACAUCCAUGAUUUUGUUCAGCAAAAGCUCAGCAACAAUGUUUCUGAUGUCAAAUUUGAGGAAGAAAUAUGUGAUAGUAGAACUUGCUUGCAAAAUGAGGGGAGACCUCCUACAGACAUUGAGGGGGCGGAACCCGGUGAAAAUGUUGGUUCAAAAACAGAGAAUAAGCUUGAUACUUCAUUGGGUGAUAAUUCCAAUUUGAAAAAGCCUGGUUUCUCUCCUCAAGGUGGACCUUCAAGCACAGCUGUUUCCUCCUAUUGUGAGCUUCUGGAUCCCAGUUUUUGUGGGAGGGGCCUUGUAGCUGCCUCUGAGCCUCAAACUUGUACAUGGAACCAGCUAAAAGUGUUGAGCAAGGAGCAUGAAGAUUUUAUUCUGAAAGAGGCACAGACAAUAGAAGCCAAGCGUAAGAGGAUUGCUGAGCUGUCUGUGGGAAAUUUGCACUCCGAUUACAGACGCAAAUCUCACUGGGACUUUGUCCUUGAGGAAAUGGCAUGGUUGGCAAAUGACUUCAUGCAGGAGCGUCUUUGGAAGAUAACUUCUGCCGCCCAAAUGUGUCAUAUGGUUGCUUUUACUGGUCGGUUGAGGUUUAAUGAACAGAAUCUAUGUCGGAAGCAAAAAAAAUUAGCUCACAUCGUGGCGAAGGCUGUCAUGCAGUUCUGGCAUUCAGCCAAGACAUUUCUUAACAAUAAUGAUCCAACUGUUAUGCUUAAAGAAUGGAAGGCAGCUUUAGUUGGAUCAAAGAAGUUUAAUGCGGGUGAAGCCAUUGGAGACCGUGUUGGAGAACAUAAUAUGGAAACAAGCAAAAAUAUGGAAGAGCAAAACUCUGACCAGAGUUCCAGACUUGCAAUUCAGGGAUAUGCAGUGAGGUUCCUGAAAUGUAAUAGUUUCCAUGAUCCUGCUCUUCAAGCUGAAGCACCAGUGACUCCUGACAGAAUAUCUGAUUUGGGCAUUCUGGAAAGGGAGGAACAUUUUUCUAGAGAAAGCCUUUUCUAUACUGUUCUCCCUGGUGCAAUGGAAGAGUACAGAAAGUCCAUUGAAUCUCACUGGGUUCAUGAGGUAAAAACUGGCAACAAUAUGCAACUAGAGGAAGUUGAGACAUCUAUGUUUGAUGCUUUAUCAGAGUUUGGAUCCAGAGAGAAUGCAUAUGAAGAGGAUGAAGGAGGAACUGGAACGUAUUAUUCUCCUGGAAACUUUAGAGGUAGAAAACCAUCAAAGUUUGUUCAGAAGAAGCGGAAAACGUUACUGAAAUCAUAUCCUCCAAGAUCAUAUGAAGGCAGAACUGAUUUGCCUUAUGGGCACUGCAUGGAAAAUAAACUAGCCACACAACCAUCAUCGUUAAUGGGGAAAAGACCUAACAAUCUCGCUGUUGGUUCAAUUCCAACGAAGCGUAUGCGUACUGCAUCCAGGCAGCGUGUUCUAUGUCCUUUUAGUGCUGCAGCUACUGGGAGUGUACAGGUUACCAACAAAACAGAUGUUUCAAGUGGAGACACUAGUUCUUUUCAGGAUGACCUAAGCACACUACAUGGUGGAUCCCAGUUCAGGAAAGAAAUGGAGGCUGAGUCAACAGGAGAAUUUGGCAAGCAGUUACCUUUUGAUUAUACAGAUAUAUUAACGAAACCUAAAAAGAAGAAGAAAGCUAAGAAUUUAUUUUAUAAGAACUCAAUCCAUUCAACAGAAGCUGCCAUUCUCUCUGGAAAAGGUGUUUUAUAUGAACAGAGAUGGCAAUCUGAUUCCAUGGUUCAAAGUGAACAGAGGGAUCAUUCCAAAAAGAGAACAGAGGGUCAUCAUUUUGAAUCUAAUGGAAACAGUGGUCUUUUUGGCCAACAUGUCGCAAAGAAGCCUAAGAUCAUGAAGCAAUUAGCAGAUACUUCUCCUGAGAACUAUGUUCCAGUGACUGGGUCAAUUCCUUCUCCAGUGGCUUCCCAAAUGAGUAAUAUGUCCAAUCCAAAUAAGCUAAUGAAAAUGAUUGCUGGUAGGGAUCGGGGAAGGAAAGCCAAGGCACUGAAGGUGCCUGCUGGGCAGUCAGGGUCUGGGAGUCCAUGGUCACUAUUUGAAGAUCAGGCACUUGUUGUCCUUGUACAUGACAUGGGUCCAAACUGGGAGCUUGUAAGUGACGCUAUCAACAGUACACUACAGUUCAAGUGCAUCUUUCGGAAACCUAAAGAGUGCAAAGAGCGUCACAAAAAUUUAAUGGAUAGGAAUGGUGGUGAUGGCGCUGAUAGUGCUGAAGAUUCAGGGUCAUCUCAACCUUAUCCAUCUACUUUACCUGGCAUUCCAAAGGGCAGUGCCAGACAGUUGUUUCAACGUUUGCAGGGUCCGAUGGAAGAGGAUACUCUUAAGUCUCAUUUUGAGAAAAUCAUUUUGCUUGGUCAGCAAAUGCAUUCUCGUAGGAGCCAGAAUGAUAAUCAGGAACGGAAGCAAAUGGCACCAGUCCACAAUUCUCAUAUUGUUGCACUUUCCCAAGUCUGCCCAAAUAACUUGAAUGGAGGUCCUCUAACGCCUCUUGAUCUCUGCGAUGCCACUACAUCCAGCUCAGAUGUUUUUCCCCCUGGAUAUCAAGGGUCUCAUAAUAGUGGUUUAGCGAUUUCAAAUCAGGGUUCUGUUGCACCAGUUCUCCCAACUUCUGGUGCAAAUACCAUGCUACAAGGGUCUUCUGGUAUGACUCUUGGCAAUAGCUUGCCAUCACCAUCUUCUGGCUUGAGUGCUCCUACGAGAUAUGGUGCUCCAAGAGCAGCAUCUCUACCGGUUGAUGAACAACAAAGAAUUCAACAGUAUAAUCAAAUGCUUUCUGGUAGAAACAUCCAGCAGCCUGCCAUGAGCGUUCCUGGAGCUAUGCCAGGCACAGAUCGUGGUGUUCGUAUGCUACCUGGUGGAAAUGGAAUGGGUAUGAUGUGUGGAAUGAAUAGAGGCAUGGCAAUGCCUCGACCAGGAUUUCAGGGAAUAGGUUCAGCAGCUAUGCUGAACUCUGGAAGUAUGCUUCCUCCUGGUGGGGUAGGGAUGCCAAGCCCUGUAAAUAUGCACACUGGAGCUGUUUCUGCACCAGGAAACUCUAUGCUUGGACCCCGUGAUGGUUUGCAUUUGAUGCGGCCUGGUCAGAAUCCAGAGGAUCAGAGGCAGAUGAUGAUGCAAGAACUUCAGAUGCAGGUCACCCAAGGGAGCAGCCAAGGGGUGCCCCCUUAUAAUGGGCUGAGUACCGCAUUCUCCAAUCAGACAAUCCCUCCACCAGUUCAGCCAUUUCCAGUCCAACAUCAGCAACAUCAGAUGCCCCCACAACAAUCCCAUGUUCUGAGCAACCCGCACCACCCUCGCCUCCAAGGAAACAGCCAUGCUACUAACCCACAACAGCAGGCCUAUAUGCUUCGGCUUGCUAAAGAGAGGCAUUUGCAUCAGCAGCAACGGUAUUUGCAUCAACAACAGCACCAGUUUGCUGCCUCCAAUCCUUUGAUGCCGCAUCCCCAAUCACACUCUCAACAUCCCAUAUCAUCUUCCAUACAAAAUAGUUCUCAGAUUCAGCAACAGGUAUCCUCUCAGCCAGUAUCAAUGCCCCCUCUGAAAUCCCAGCAUCCCUUGACUCCAUCUUCUCCAAUGAAUCCCAUCUCUUCGCAACCCCAGCAAAAACAUCACCUACAACCUCAUGGGCAUGGUCGAAACCCUCAAGCUGGUGGUGUUAGCCUCCCAAAUCAGAUGAUGAAGCAGCGGCAACGGCAGCAGCAGCAGCAGCAACAGCAACAGCUUCAACAGCCUAGCAGGCAUCACCCUCAACAACGGCAACAGUCACAAUCGCAACAGCAGCAGGCUAAACUUAUGAAGGGAUUGGGUAGAGGAAAUAUGAUGAUUCAUCAGAACGUUGCUAUUGAUCCCUCCCAUAUGAACGGGUUUCCUACGGCUCCAGGAAAUCAAGUUGCUGAGAAGGGUGAAAAGGUCAUGCAUCUGAUGCAAGGACAGGGCUUAUAUACUGGCUUAGGUUCCAAUUCCAUUCAACCUGGUAAACAGUUGAUGCCCCAAUCUUCAAAUCAGUUGCAGCCACAGCAAAAGAUGUUUCCUCAUCCACCACCCCCUUCAUCAAAGCAGCUGUCACAGGUGCCUUCUCAUCCGGAUAACUGCAAUCAAGGACAGGUCCCAUCAGUUUCUUCUAGUCAUAUAUUACCAUCCCAACAACCAGUUCCUCCACUGUCUAUGGCUUCUUCCCACCAGCAGCAGCAUUCACAGCCUCAGCAAAGACAGGCAGGUCAACCACCACAUGCCAUCCAAAGAAUGCUUCAACAGAGUCGACAAAUGAACUCUGAUCCGCCUCUGCAGUCUCCAGUUGAGCAUAUUCAAGUUACCCAGCAGCCUGGGAACAAUGCAUUUCAGAUGGCUACCAGCACAGCAAUGCCUCAGUCCUCUACUGAAUUGAGCAGUGUCGUACCUGUUGUUUCCAAUGCAAGCACUUCACAGUGGAAGGCACCAGAACCAUUAUAUGAUGCAGGUUCGCCAAAUGCAGUCACCAACUUGGCUGCUGUUGGAAACUCAUCUCUGCCAAAUACUAAAGGAACCGAGUCCAUGUCCUCUCCUAGCCGAGGUUUUGCUCAGAGGCAAUUCUCAGGCAGCAUGUCCAGUCAUGGACACAAUGUUGGGACACAGUGGUUGCACCCACCACAACCACCAGCACUGGCUCCCCAACAACAAACGCAACAGAUGCAGCAGCAGCAACAACAGCAGCCACCAGCACACCCUGCACCACCACCCCCAUCCCAACCCUCACAAGCAAACCCACCAUCCCCGCAACACCAGCAGGAACCACCCCAACAGCAGCAGCUACCACAACCGCCAGAGUCUCAACUACAGCAUCUGCCUGCAGGGGAGGGUGGUCUGCAUGCCAGGCCUACCAAUUCUGGAUCAGCAGGAUGAAUCCCUGGAGUGGUUGAGCAGUCCUCAGUGUUGUGGGUCGGUCUGGUUGGGCUUUUGUUCUGCAUGCCCAUGUAACAGCAAUGUACAGAUGGAGGCUGUUUACUCCCUGUCGGACUGGUUAGAUGGAAGGAGGGUCCUGGUGCGGGGUUUACCGGAGUUGGAGGGAGGCAAUGGGGGUUAUUGUUUUUGAAAUCUUAUUGUUCUUCCUUGUACAUUACUAUUGAUAAAAGGCGUCGGAGAGAGGGUUACAGAGAGGUACAUGUACAGGGGUCUCAUUCCUAUUUUUCUCUUUGUUCCCUUUUAGCCCCGAGUUGCUGUGUACAGGGGAAGGGAGGGAGUCUUAGUUUAUUUCUGACUCCCAUUAGUAGUGAAUGUAUUAUUAUGUUUUUGGAUUAAGCUGGUAGUGAUAAUUGUUCUAAGCAAAGCUUUUCUUCAAGUAGAUGGGUUAUUUGUGCAA